ACUACGGCAGAAAGUGACGAGCAUUGGACAUAUCUUGCAGCGACCGUCGACCGUAUCCGGACGACUCUCGGCCAACGUAUCAGGGAUGCAAUCGAGUGCGCUCCUACACGAUUGCGCGAGCGUACGACGAUUCACACGCUUCAAGUAACAGAAUGUGUGAAGACAAAACUUCCGAAGCAUAAUUUCCAGGACGCCGUCAUUUCGGUAGACAUCGGACCUGCCCGCGAAUUCGCGGAGACCUUGUUUCCUGGAAGUGCAUUUCCUGUCGAUCCAGAACUGAACGGACGGCAGAUUGGCAGCGACACGAUGCGUGCACUUGCGCAAGCAGGAACAGAAACUUUACAGGAUGAACAUCUGUGUUUCACGCUGAGGGGGGCGUCUUUCGCUGCUAUUAAAGCUCUCUUUCCCCCUCAAAUAUACAACGCAAUUGAGAAGAGCCGACUGCGAACGUGGGAGAAAGACCAUCAACUCCACACUUACACUGAUUGCGUAACGAUGGUUGUACGAUGCGAAGAGCCGUAUUUUGGUACAAUCCAUUUGCGUCUCGAAUUU